GAUAUUUGUAGCAGUUGAGGAAAAAUAUUUGAGGCACGUACAACGGCCCUGUACCGAGUCCAAUGGCGAUGGAUGACCCCACAUCGUAUCCGCCCAUCGAACCCUCUAACUUCGAUCUAAUCGUAAUCGGCACCGGUCUACCGGAAUCCAUCGUCGCGGCGGCCGCCUCUGCCGCCGGAAAAUCCGUCCUCCACCUCGACUCCAACUCCUUCUACGGCAGUCAUUACGCUUCUCUCCCCCUCGACGACUUCACUUCCUUUCUGCAAUCCCAUUCUAACUCCGCCUCCAUUCCCGCUCCUUCCCAGCCCCACGAUGAAUCCGAUUAUGAUCUCGUGCCUCUUUGUACUCGCCAGGUCUACUCCUCCAUCGAUGUCUCCGCGCACUCUACCGAACCUCUGGAGCACUCGCGAAAAUUCUGCAUCGAUUUGGCUGGACCUAGGGUUCUGUUAUGCGCCGAUGAUAUGAUCAAUCUCAUUUUGAAGACGGACAUCAAUCAGUACAUGGAGUUCAAGUCUGUGGACGCGAGCUUUAUUUGUGAUGGAGACGGCAAUUUGGCCAAUGUGCCGGAUUCGCGCAGUGCGAUUUUCAAGGACCGUAGCUUGAGCUUUCCUGAGAAGAAUCAGUUGAUGAGGUUCUUCAAGCUGGUGCAGGGGCAUUUGGGGGGCGAUGACACUGAAAGUAACAAGAUAUCCGAGGAGGAUCUGGAAUGUCCGUUUUAUGAAUUCCUCAACAGAAUGGGGCUUUCGUCCAAGCUAAAAUCGAUUAUACUCUAUGCAAUAACCAUGGCAACGUAUGAUCAGGAAAAUGUGGAUGCCUGUAAAGAUGUUCUCAAGACAAGGGACGGGAUAAACCAUUUAGCUCUUUAUCACUCUUCAGUUGGCAGGUUUUCUAAUGCCCCUGGCGCUAUGAUUUACCCAAUCUAUGGUCAAGGGGAACUUUCACAAGCCUUUUGCCGUCGUGCUGCUGUGAAAGGCUGUAUAUAUGUUCUUCGGAUGCCUGUCCAUUUUCUUCUCAAGGACAAGGGCAGUGGAAAUUAUAAGGGUGUCAAAUUGUCUUCUGGACAAGAAUUGUUUAGCCAUAAUCUGAUAUUAGCUCCAUCAUUUGUAAUUCCCUCUGCUAUGGUUGAUUCUUCUGCUCAUUGUCUGCAAGAUGGUUCUUUUGAUUUUGGUAGAGAAGAUGUAAAAGAGAAGCUGGUUAAGGGAAUAUGCAUUACAAAAUGCUCAUUAAAACCAGAUGUGGCAAACUGCUUGGUGUUCUUUCCUCCCGGAUCUUUGUUCCCUGACCAGGUGACUUCAAUCCGUGUCUUCCAGUUAAGCAGCAAUGUUGCAGUUUGCCCCUCUGGAAUGUUUGUGACUUACCUUUCAGUUAUAUGUGAUGAUGCUGUGCAAGGGAAGAAAUUACUGGAGGCAGCCAUUAAUGCAUUGUUCUCUAUUCCUGUUUCUGGAGUUCCUGAAAGUAACUCUGCAGAUAAUCCAAAUUCAAAUACGAAGCCUGAUUUACUUUGGAGUGCGUUGUAUGUACAGGAGCUGAUAAAGGAUUCAUUUGAUUCCUUCAUAUCUGUCUCUAUGCCUGACUGGAAGCUGCAUUACAGUGAUCUUUUGUCUGCAUCAGUGAAGAUAUUUCAAAAAAUAUACCCUAAUGAAGAAUUCUUUCCAAAAGCUGCACCCACCAAGGAGCACAAGGAUGAUGGUGUGUCUGAGCUCGAGCCUUCAGCUGAAGAUGUGCCCGAGCUCGAGCCUUCAGCUGAAGAUGUGCCCGAGCUCGAGCCUUCGGCUGAAGAUGUGCCCGAGCUCAAGCCCAAGCCUUCGGUUGAAGAUGUGCCCGAGCUCAAGCCUUCGGCUGAUGGUGUGCCCGAGCUUGAGCCUUCGGCUGAAGGUGUGCCUGUGGAUGGUGGUGUGGCCGAGCCCAAGCCUUCGGCAGAUGGUGUGCCCGAGCUCGAGCCUUCGGCUGUAGGUGUGCCUGAGCUCAAGUCUUCGGCUGAAGGUGAUCCUGUUGGGACGUAGUCCCAGCAGGCGGGGG